AUGAAAGGAAGGAUUUGGUUGGCUUGGAAUCCUAACAUUUGGAGUAUAACCCCUAUUGAGAAAACUGAACAGUUAGUACACAGUGAUGUUUACACCAAUGCUGGAACAUUAUCUCAUCACCUCACUAUAGUGUAUGCUCACAAUCAGAUCAAUAAUAGGAGGAGCUUGUGGCAGGAUCUCAGUAGAAUCAGUAAUAAUAUUCAGGGGCCUUGGAUGGUUGUAGGUGACUUUAAUAACAUUUUGAAAGUUGGUGAUAUAAUUGGUGGUAAUGAUGUACAUCUGGCUGAGUAUAUUGAUAUGGAGUUAAUAAUGGCUAAUAGUAAUCUUUUUGAGCAUGAAAUGAUAGGAGCUUGGUUCACCUGGUCAAACAAGCAAAUAGCUAACCCUAUUAGUUCCAUAAUUGAUAGGGCUCUUGUUAAUGCAGACUCGUACAGAGGUUUCCCUAAUACUAGUGUUGAGGUGCUCAAUCCCCAUAUCUCUGACCAUGCUCCUUUGAGAAUCAAGAUGGAUAGUCAUCAAGCAAUAAAGAAAAUCAAGCAUAGAUUUAAAUUCCUGAAUUGUAUAGCUGGCCAUGCUGAUUAUCUUCAUGGUCUGAGGGCAAACUGGAAUCAUCUUGACUUAGGCAAUCCAAUGGAGCAAUUCUGGAAGAACUUAUAUAAGUUACAAUAUAGUCUGAAAGGAUUGACUUGGCAAAUGACUGAGGGGAUCAGAGAUCUCAAGGUGAGUAGAGAGCAGCUUGAUAAAGCUCAAACCCUAUUAGCAUUUGAUCAGCUGAAUCAGACCCUGUGCCAAAAUUUCAAGUUCUGGACUGAUGAAGUUCUGAAAAAUACUGAAUUGGAAGAGAAUAUCCUGCAGCAGAAACUUAAGUGUGACUGGAUUACUUUGGUGAUGAGAAGCCAGGUGGAUAUUUGUAGCUUGAGAGAAGGAGCUCAAUUAAAUAGGGAGCAACAAGAAAGCCUUACUGUACCAGUGACUGAAGCUGAAAUUUGGAAGGCCAUCAAUGGUAUGGGUGAUAAUAAAGCACCAGGUGUGGAUGGCUAUAAUGCUAAAUUUUACAAAUCCAGCUGGACAGUAAUUAAAAAAGAUGUUGUGAAUGUGGUUCAAGACUUCUUUGUGAAUAACAGGAUGUAUAGAGCAGUGAAUUGUGCCCUUGUGACCCUGAUCCCUAAGACUAAAGAUGCUAAAUCUAUGAAAGAGAUGAGGCCUAUAGCAUGUUGUACCACCCUUUACAAAAUUAUCUCCAAGGUCCUCACUAAAAGGUUAAACAAAGUGAUUAACUCUGUUAAUGACAGUCAGACAACAUUCUUGCCAGGCAAAACAAUUCAUGAUAACAUCAUCUUGGCCUUUGAAUUACUGAGAGGUUACAAUAGGAAACAUCUCUCUCCCAGGUGCACUAUUCAAAUUGAUCUUCAAAAAGCCUAUGAUACUGUGGAGUGGGACUCUUUGGCAUUGGUGUUGCUGGAAAAAUGCGUGUCAGAGGAACAAUCUGCAUUUGUGGAAGGAAGAUCCAUCCUAAAUAAUGCUAUGAUUGCUACAGAAAUUAUUCACACUCUGAAAAGAAGGACGAAAGGUAAUAAAGCGCAUUUGGCACUUAAAAUUGACAUUAGUAAGGCUUAUGAUCGGGUGGAUUGGGGAUUUUUAAGAGGUAUGCUAUCUUAUAUGGGUUUCGCGGACAAAUGGAUUCAUUGGAUGAUGAUGUGCGUUACUUCGAUUCACUAUUCUGUUCUUGUAAAUUCGGAUGUUAUUGGGCCUAUUGAACUAGGAAGAGGAUUGAGACAAGGAGACCCACUGUCACCUUAUCUGUUCAUUCUUAUCUCUGAAGGAUUGUCUACCCUUAUUAAAGGGUCUGUGGCCAGUGGAAACAUUCACGGGGUUCAAAUAUGUAGAGGGGCACCUAUUGUGUCCCAUCUACUUUUUGCUGACGACUGUUUUCUGUUUUGCAGGGCAAACCUUACAGAAGUUAGACAUCUGAUGGGCUUACUUGAUACAUAUGCAAGCGCAGCUGGUCAGGAGAUUAACUUGACAAAAUCAGAAGUUUUCUUUAGUCGUAACUUGAGCUUGUCAGCGUAA